AUGAGUGGUCGAGCCAGGAAAAACAGAAUGGCAAGAGGAAGGCCACCAAGGGAAGCCCAGAGUGGUGCAUCUGUUGAGGGUCAGCAACCUGGUAAUGGGAGCUCUAGGUAUGGACAACAGCACGGGCAGGGGCGGCAAGCACCAGAACCAGUUUCAGUUCCAGCUCUAGCAGUGGCUCAGGCACGAGAUGGGACAGAAAUAUUGACUCAGCUGCCAGCAACAGCCAGGCAACUAACUUGGUCAGAAGUGUUGGUUCAUCAAUCAGGACGUGCUCGGGCAGCAGCACGAGCUCGGGCACCCUUGCCCAUACCAAUACCACCAGCUGUAACACCAGCUCAGGCACCAGCAGCACAAGCAUCCACAGCAGGAAGUGAGCUUGUUAGUCAUGAAGAACCAAGAGGGGCAGAAGGAGGAGCUGAAGAGGGAGCAUCCACGUUUCCAGAAGAAGGUGAAAUCUCAGACAAAUUGAAGGAAUUGUCGCAGAGGAAGAGACAAUCUGGCCGACAUAAUUUCCAUGACCUUGGUGUGAAUACUCGGCAAAAACUACAUCAUUUCAUAGAGUGCAAAAGAGGUACUUCAGGGACAGUAGUCCACUUGAAGACAAACCAUUUUCGGCUGACAUCCCUUCCCCAGUGGACACUGUACCAGUACCAUGUUAACUUCAACCCACAGAUGGAUUCCAAAAGACUCCGUUCAAUUUUACUUGACAUGCACAAACAACUCCUAGGAAAAUGUUAUUCUUUUGAUGGGACAAUAUUAUUUUUGUGCCAUACACUACAAAACAAGGUUACUGAAGUGUUUAGUCAGACACACAGUGGAGAGAAUGUGAGGAUAACUAUCACUUUAACCAAUGAACUUCUACCUAAUUCACCAACUUGCUUGCAGUUUUAUAAUAUUCUUUUCAAAAGACUUUUGAAUAUCAUGAAGCUUGUACAAAUUGGAUGCAACUUUUAUGACAUUUACAAUGGGGCAGAAGACAUGAGAGAUUUAGGGUUGAAUAUUUGUCCAGGUUUCAUUACCUCUAUCCUUCAGUAUGAGAAUGACAUUAUGCUGUGCACUGAUGUGAGUCAUAAAGUCGUCCGAAAGGAUACCAUCUUAGACCUCAUAAAUGACUUUCAGAAAUCUCCAAGACCCACAUCCCAAGAAGAAAUUUUGAAAGAAAUACGAGGGCAAAUUGUUUAUACCAAACACAACAAUAGAACAUACAGAGUUGAUGACAUUGACUGGGAACAGAAUCCAAGAAGCACUAUUAAAAAAGAUGGCUCUGAUAUCAGCUUCUUAGACUACUAUAGACAGCAAUAUAGGAUAAAAAUCACAGACUUGGAACAGCCAGUCUUGGUCAGUCUGCCCAAGAGGAAGAAGGGACCUGAUAGAAGACCCACAAACCCUGCCCUGCUCAUGCCUGAGCUCUGUAACCUCACAGGUCUCACACGCUCAAUGCGAAGGAAUGAUAGGAUCACUAAGAACAUAUCUAAAUGUACAAGGUUGUCACCUGAAAGACGGCACAGUGAACUCCAAAAACUCAUCGACAAUAUUCACAGAAAUGCUGAUGUCCAGAGAGAGCUUCAGGAAUGGGGUUUAAACUUUGAAAAACAAUCAUUAUCUCUCACUGGAAGAGUUUUGCCAGUACAGAUUCUCAAUGAAGAUAGUGAAGCUAUGUCUAUCCAGUGUACAGAUUGGUCAAAAGAAAUAAAAAGAGGACAGUUAAGUUAUCCUAAGCCAUUGGUUAAUUGGCUAUUUGCCUUUAAUCAUGAAAAUUCAAGACUAGCACAAAUCCUAUGGGAGAAACUAAAUUUAACUACACGUACCCUAGGUAUAAAUUUGAGUUCCCCCAAAUGGUGUCCAGUACAAGGUAAAAUUGAAGAGUAUCUUAAAGUCUUGAAUGACAAUGUUACAUCACAGACUCAGAUUGCUCUUUGUCUGCUGCCCAAUAAUAAAAAAGACAAGUAUGAUGCUAUUAAAAAAUACCUAUGUACUGUCUGCCCAGUUCCAAGUCAGUGCAUAGUAGCUGAAACUUUAAAAAAGCCCCACAUUCUCCUGGCAGUUGUUACUAGGCUGGCCUUGCAAAUGAAUUGCAAGAUUGGAGGACAUCUCUGGAAGGUUUCUGUCCCUCUCACAGAUACUAUGUUCAUUGGUAUUGAUUGUUUUCAUGACAUCACAUCGGGACAUCAAUCAGUCGCAGGAUUUGUUGCUAGCCUGGAUACAUCAUUGACUAGGUGGUAUUCUUGCUGCCUCUUUCAAAAAACAGGGCAGGAGUUUCUAGAUGGCCUCAAGGUUUGCUUAGAAAGUGCAUUAAAGGCCUGGAAGAAAAACAAUAAACAAUGCCCAUUACCUAAGUUUAUAUUUGUGUAUCGGGAUGGUGUAGGAGAUGGUCAGCUUCAAACUAUGGUGGAUUAUGAAGUACCUCAGAUAUUGGGAUACCUAAAUUCUCUUCCUAAUUAUUCUUACAAACUUGUAAUCAUCGUGGUGAAGAAACGAGUGAAUGCCAGAUUUUUUGUAGAGAAAAAUGGACACCUUGUAAAUCCAAAUGCUGGGACAGUCAUUGAUAUGGAGGUUACCAGACCAGAAUGGUAUGACUUCUUUAUCAUAAGCCAGUCUGUAAAGGCGGGUAGUGUGACACCGACACAUUAUAAUGUGAUCUUUGAUAAUACUGACCUGAACCCUGACCAAAUACAGUGCUUAACUUACAAGCUUUGCUACAUAUAUUAUAACUGGACUGGUGUCAUUCGAGUUCCAGCUCCAUGCCAAUAUGCCCACAAACUGGCUCUCCUGGUCGGCCAAAGUAUUCACAGACAUCCCAGUAAAAAUCUGUCAGAUCGUCUUUACUACCUUUGA